AUGAAGUUCUCAACCUUCAUCGCUCCUCUCAUCUCAAUCCCUCUGGUCUUCGCCAGCCCCAACCCCAACAACGACCAUUACCCCCCUCCCCCCAAGACCAAGACCGUGACUGCAACAGUCACUCACACCGUCACCAAACCCAUCUACAAGCCCCCGGUCACCAAGACCGAGACUGUCACCAAGAAAUACCCCGUCACCAAGUACGAGACCGAGACCGUCACAAAGUACAAGUGGAAGCCUCCCGUCACCAAGACCGAGUAUGUCACAAAGUGGAAGCCCCCCGUGACAAAGUACGUGACCAAGACCGAGACCGACACCGUCACCAAAUGGAAGCCUCCCGUCACCAAGUAUGUCACCAAGACAAAGACCGACACUAUCACCAAGUGGAAGCCUCCUGUUACCAAGACAAAGACGGAGACGGAGACCGACACUGUUACAAAGUGGAAGCCUGCCAUCACAAAGUACAAGACCGAGACUGUCACCAAGACUGUCACCAAGAAGCCUUAUCCUACCUACCACAAGCCUGGCAAGGAAUACAAGGCUUAA